GACAUUUUUCACCUUCUCCCCCAUCCUUACCUCCGCCCGUGACCCCUGCUGCGAUUCCGUGCAAGUUUUCAUCCUCUGGGCUGGCUGUGGUAAUUUGGAAUUGAUUCCACUGUAAAUUGCAGCCGUAGCCGCAUUAGGCGUCGGGUAGGCCAGAGCGAGUCAAAUCCUUUUCCAUUUUCAUCGAGUUUUUCUACCGUACUUUUUGCGAUGGGGAAAAAGUAAUGGCAGCGAAUAAACUAUUCGGAGAGCUAAAAGGGGAGUCUACUCAUUGCCUGGAUUAAUUGGCAGCCGAAAAGGAAAGGAAAACAAACAAAACUAGAGAGUUUUGGGGCACGAAGCUGAGAUCUCUUCUUCUUCUUCUUGUUCUUCUUUGAUUUAGGAGACCCACCUCUGCAAUCGUGUUCGCAGCUGCUGCCAUUUUUCCUCCUAAUGUUUCCGAGAUUGAUUCAUCCUCGUGAAGCUAUUCUGAGUCAGGAAAAUGUUCAGGUGUCGAGCGGUGGUGGGUAUGGUCAACGGAGUGGUGGGGACCCGUGUUUGGUCCUGACAUCCGACCCGAAGCCACGCCUCCGAUGGACUGCUGACCUUCAUGAACGCUUUGUCGACGCUGUGACUCAGCUUGGUGGCGCUAGCAAAGCUACCCCAAAGGCGAUUAUGCGCACAAUGGGCGUCAAAGGAUUGACUCUAUUUCAUUUGAAGAGUCAUCUCCAGAAAUAUAGACUCGGCAAGCAAUCUGGUAAAGAACUCGGCGAGGCUUCAAAAGAUGGUUCGUAUAUUAUGGAUAGCCCUCGCGCGAGCAAUUCUUCGCAAAACUUACAAGCAUCUGAAUUGAAUGAGGGCUAUGAAGUUAAAGAGGCAUUAAGAGCUCAAAUGGAAGUUCAAAGCAAACUGCAUUUACAAGUUGAAGCCGAAAAACAUCUGCAGAUUCGUCAAGAUGCCGAGAGACGAUACAUGGCUAUGCUAGAGCGCGCCUGCAAGAUGCUAGCCGAUCAGAUCCUCGGCGCCGGGAUCACAGGCGACAAUGCCGACGAUUAUCAAGAAAAAGAAUCGAAAACACCUCUCAACGUGCCCCAAACUCCCGGAAUCAUCGUUUCAUACCAAUCCCAAUCAGCCAACGAGCUCGGCAACAUCCCGGCUACCGUUGAAAUGCCUCUCAACAUCCAUCAACAGCGCACCGACUGCUCGACCGACAGCUGCCUCACUUCGCACGAGAGUCCCGUCGGAUUGCCCCCGGAAGGAUCCUCGGCUGCAGGCAAGAGAGCCAUUCUUACAGUCGAUUCGAGCAACGGCUCGCUUAUCUGGGGUGAGGCUGACGUCUAUGCCCCCGACCUGCAUCAGGUUGCUGUCGGCGGCCACCGCAUCGCCGGCUGUGGUGUGUAAAGAGGCUCGUAAACCAUCUGCCAUUUUCGACUUCCCCAGCUCGUAGUUAAUGGCAGCAGCUAGCAGAUGGUUAAUUACAGGUCUGACUUGUGAUCGAAAGAUGUAAAUGAAAAGAUGCUGAUGUUUUCAUGUCAAGACUCGACACUGUUUCCUCCUUACAUCGCAUCUUUUACCUUUGCCA